AGUAAAAAAAUUAAAAAUAAGAAUAAAAAUAAUUAAGUAAGUUGCAGCGUCAAUAAUACUAAAAGGUAAUGAGGUUUAAUAAAGUGUGAAGUGUAGGGUGUUCAAGUGGUAGUGAUAUCAGCCACAGGUAGGGUUAUUGUGCAAUAGACAAAUGCUGUGCAAAUACAAUAGAUGGUUAAAAACCAGUCUGUUGUUGUGGUGUGCGUGUGGAUGGUUGGGGGGUAGUGUGUUUUUCCAGGAGUCUGACUGCUUGGGGGAAAAAAUUGUUUGUCAUCCUCUGGGUUUUGGCCCUUAGGCUUUGGUACCGCCUCCCUGACGGCGGUAGCUCAAACAGUUUCUGGUUGGGGUGGCUGGGGUCCCCAAUGAUUCGGAGGGCCUUCCUGACACACCGGGCCUUGUAGGUUUCCUGGAUGGAGGGAAGCUCACAUCUGCUGAUCCUCUCAGCUGUCCGCACUACCCUAUGCAGCAUUUUGCGGCUUUUGGCAGUGCAGUUCCCGUACCAGGCAGUGAUGCAUCCAGUUAAUAUGCUCACCGUUGUGCCAAACAUUUUCAGCCGCCUAAGGUGAAAUAGGUGCCGCUGUGCUUUUUUCACCACCUGGUUGGUGUGCUCCUCCCAGGUGAGGUCUCUGGUGAUGUGGACCCCCAGGAACUUAAUGCUGUCUACCCUCUCCACCGCAGACCCAUUGAUGGAGAUGGGGUGUUGAAUCUGUCUCUUCCUUCUGAAGUCCACUACGAGCAUCCACAUUAGUGUUUCUCAUCAGCAUUAUCAACGCCUCCCUCCCUUCAGGCCUUAUUCCAGUGUCCUUCAAGACAGAAUCAAGCCGCUUCAUAAGAAACCGACCCUUGACAACACCGACAUCCAGAACUACACUGCUACUCUUCUUUCAUUCCUUUCUAAAACACUAGAACGCGCCGUCUCUAACCAACUGUCCUUAUAUCUCUCACGAAACAAUCUGCUUGCCCCUCCUCAGUCAGUCUUCAAGACUACACACUCCACCUCGUCGCUCCAUGUCACCAGAGCCUCGUCCCUCUCAUCGUUCCUGGUUCUGAUCGUCCUGUCUGCGACAUUCGACACGCAGUACACUAGUGCUAAUCGGCCACAUUAACAGGGAGAUGGAUGAGCGAGGACAUGCACGACCAUUGCAAAUUCAUUGCCUUAUCCACCAGCAAGCGCUGUUCUGCAUGUGGGAAACUAUUGUGAAAGUCGUGGUGCCAUGUGUUAACUUUAUCCGGGUGAAUGGACUUAAACACAGGCAGUUCCAAGAAUUUCUCUCAGAGCAAGAGUGUGAUUACAUAGAUGUACUGUACCACAUGGAUCAAGACUCACUGAACAUUUGCCCCAUUUACUGAGAUUGACUAUGACCAGAAUGGAGCAUGACAUCACCUGUCAGAAAGAUGCAAGCCCACACUAAUAAGAAACAUGGAGAGGCAAGCUCAUUGUUUGUUUCUUAAAUUGUCUUGUUAUAAAAAUUACACCUUUUUCAGUGAUAAUAUUCAGAGAAAUAUCUUGUCUGGGCCUAGUUAUAAACCGAAUUUAGUAGAAUACAGGAUAUAUGUACUUACAUGCAUGCCAUCUUUUCCAGUUUUGCAGAUUUGCAACUCUUUUUCUAAUUUAAAUGUCAAAUAUGUACUGUUCAAUAUGCACAUUUGGCUUUUCCCUACUUUUUCAGAAUGUUUCUCUGUAUCAAACAUUAUGUAUUACACUAAUUUCACUACAAUGGUUCAAUAAUAUAACAAAAAUGGUUAGACAAUGUAUUACACUACUUCGAGUAAAAUGGUUGAAUAAAAUCAUGAUAAUGGUGGUAAUGCUUUUUUUCCCAUUGUGGUUACUUUCUUUUUUUUUUAUAUAGAACUUUGACAAUGUGCCAUGGCAAUGUAAAUUGAACCGAUCUAAAAAUUGUAUAUCAAAAGAUAUAUACUGUAAAAGAAAUAUAUCAGAUGUAAUGUGUUCAUAUUCGGGUAGACCUGUUGGUGUCAACAGUACUGUAUACUGAUAUACUCCGGCCCUUCUUAAGAGCCAGGCAGAUGGAUCUUUAGAUCCUUAGAAAAAGUUUGGGUUCCCAUCUUUACACUCUAGAGUCUGACUGACCAAAGUAUUGAAUAUACAAACUAAAUAAAUUCAGAAUUUGUUCUGUUGUCUUGUUGAUGAGGGAAAUCAUCCUCUGGCUGUCAUUCAGGAUUCAUCAAACCAUACUUUAAUGAUACAAUAAUAUAUAUACUUUUCAUUUGGUAGACAUUUUAUCCAAGCAUCUUAAAAUCCUCUGAGUGUAUACAUUUCUUAGCACGAGAAUAUUUUUUUUUAAGUUGUUUAAACCGAUAUUUUACCUAAAUGUAAAACAUCAAAAGAAAGUGAGUUGUAUUAGCCUAUAAUAUUAUAAUUGACAUACCAUAAUAUACAGUAAAUAUUAUGUAGCUAUAAUGUACAGUAAACAUUACUACAAUAAUAUACUUUGUUUUUGGAAGAAUCGACGAUCAACCCUCUCACACACACACACACACACACACACACACACAAACACACACACACACACACACACACACACACACACUCACACAAACACAAUUUAAAUUAGUCAAGCAAGCAUUUGUUAUAGAAAUGGUACUGAGAAGGAAAAUAAGCAGAAAAAGGCUAUAAAAAAGGCUAUAAAACAUGGCCAGGGUGGAGGGGAAAUUCUUUCAAGGCGAUCUUGGCCAGGUGAUUCUCGUAAAAGAGAUUUUAAUCUCAAUGAAUUUCUAUGAUGAGGAUGAUGAUGAUGAAUCUAGAUAGUAAGAUAUCAUUAUAUGGUUUAUAGAUAGCCUUUUUAGGUUGAGAGAAUAUUUAAUGACGGCUUUAAGAGGCGCAGUAGAGAGACAGAGCUCACAUGCCUCCUGCUCUCAUAGGAGACGCAGCCCGGACAGCCAAGGUAGGACAGAAACAUCCCCUGAUCAGUUAUAUUGACACCUUAUACAUAGAGUUGUUGUGGUGCUGAUAUUGUGGACCAGUUUGGAACGUUUCCAAAUGGAUGAGCCCUAAAACUAAUGUUAUGUAAAAAAGAAAUUAAAUCUUAAAGUUUCAUUGGGAUAAUGUUAUAACAAGUGCCGUAUUUAACACUGAGUUUUUCAUUAGGUCUAACCGGAGCUUAUCUGGUAUCUGUGUUGAAGGCUGAACCUGGACCUGGUCCGGACUGAUACAACCAGGUCACACCAGGGAAUCUGUCCAAAUCAACCACACUAGCAGCAGCCAGAUCUCUUCUAACCUGGUUAGCCAGCCAGGGAAGCCAGGAAACUGAUUGUUGGCUUUCAGGGUUCCUCCUGCUAUCUUCUCAAUUCCUCAGAAGAUCCUACAACUUUUGAAUUAGUCGGAAUUCUGAGAAGUUAACAAAUUGGGCUACAAUGACAAAUACUUUAAAAGAAAAGUUCAUUUUGCCGCCCCCUAAGCGGUUGGCAGAAGCUGUUAAGAAUGAAAGCAGGAAGAAUAUAGAACCUCCAGGUACUCUGGACGUUUACACUCUUCCUCUGAAAGCCCAGCCCAUGAAAUUGGUGGGAUGCAAAUGCUUUAUAUUUGGAAAAGACUUGUUUAAACAGAACCGCACCAUCAUGGUUCUAGGAGAAACUGGGGUGGGGAAGUCCACCCUGGCCAACAGGAUGAUCAACUACAUCCUAGGGGUCACAUGGGAUGAUACCUUUAGAUUCAAGUUGGUAGACGAAGGUACGGCCAAGCCUCAGACUCACAGCCAGACCUCCGAAGUCACCGUGUACAAGCUCAACCACCAAGAGGGCUUCCAGAUCGACUACUCCCUGACUAUUGUGGACACGCCUGGUUUCGGAGACACGGGAGGCAUAGAGAAUGACAGGAUGAUUCUAGAUCAGCUACAAAGGCUUUUCUCAGCUCAACAUGGAGUCAGCGAGAUUGAUGCCAUCUGCCUCGUGGUCCAAGCGCAUCAGGUUCGGCUUACACCAAAGCAGAAAUACAUCUUUGACUCACUGCUCUCCAUAUUUGGCAAAGAUGUGGCAGAGAACUUCCAGAUUUUGGUGACAUUUGCAGGUGAAAAGAAACCUAAGGUUCUCGAGGCAAUCAAAGAGUCUGGAAUCCCCUAUCCUAAAAGCAAGGGUGGUUUACCAAUUUACUUCAAAUUCAAUAACGAACAAAAUGAUGAUGAUGAUGUUGAUGAUGAUGAUGAUGAUAAUGAUGAUGAGGAUGAUGAUGCUGCUGAUGAUAAAGAAGGCGGUGGGGGCUUUUCUGGUCAAAAGUGUUGGGACAUGGGAACCAAAAACAUGAAAAAAUUAUUUUCCACUCUAAAUGAAAUGAAUACCAAGAGCUUGACCUUAACCAAGGAGGUGCUUAGACAGAGAGCACAGCUGGAGAUCUCCAUUGAGAAUCUCCAGAGGAAUAUGACAUUGAGCUUAACUAAAGUUGAGGAGAUUAAGAAAGAAAGGGAAAUUCUCCAAACACAAGAGGCAAUUCCAGCCAAUGAGGCAUUUGAGUAUGAGGUCAGCAUCACAAAGCCUGUUAAAGUUAAAGCCAAAGAAUUAUCACUUAACUGUAACAAAUGUAAUGUCACUUGCCACAAAUCAUGCAAGGUACAAUUUGAUACCAUGUAUUAUUGUGAGGCCUUUACCUUGGUGGCUACCUGCGUUGAAUGUAUAGGCAAGUGCUCACUAAAGGCGCAUGUACGUGAGAGUUUCUACUGGGGUUCAGAGACGGUGAAGGAGAAACGAACCUUUAAGAUGCUGAAAGAAAAGUAUGAGAUGGCUUUGAAGAAAAAAAUGUCUGUCGCAGACAUCAUCAAAAAUAAGGAAAAGGAGUACAUCGUCCUACAUGAGGAGGUGGUCAGGCUGAUAGAACGCUCAGCCCAGUGUCUCAACACCCUGAGAGUGAUCGCUCUGAAGCCCGAUCCACUCUCUACACCUGAAUACAUCGACCUGCUGAUAGAGGGAGAGAAGUCAGAGGCCAAGCCUGGCUUCCUGGAGCGUGUCAAGGAACUUGGAGAACUGAAGAAAAACUACACUAUCAAGAGGAAGGUUGCUAGCGGGGCAGGACAGCCAGUGGUUAGUUGAAUGGAUGCUGUUGAUUGAACAAAAUAACAGAGUAAUGACAUCAAUAGAAAUUUGGUUUCGGUAAAAAUGUUUUGUAUUUACAAUUUUUUUGUUAUUGGGUCGCCAAUUUGCAGGGUAAAAUGCAUAAAAACACUGAUAUGUGAAUUCAUUUUUCUAAUUAAAAUAGAGGAGUGUUUGCUCAGCUCCAUUGCUGUGUGCUGAGCCCCCCCCCCCCCCCCCCCCCCCUCUUUCCCUUCCUGUGCACCUUGACCUGACAACUGGGAUAACAUUGAGUGUGAACGGUGUUUCAGUCAGUCUCAAUUGUGAUGUUUAAAUGAAAAGAUAACAACUUUCUGUUGUUCUGUGUACUUUAUAUGCUUGGCUGCACUCCCCACUCCAGCUGAACACUGAGUGCAUUGACUUGCUGCUUCUUUGUCGCAUUUUUUUAAGUUAAUUGUGCAAAUUCUUAUCUGUACACACACAUCAGCACAUUGGAGUAUGGCUGUGAUGUCCUUUCAUUUGUUUGUUGUGUUCUUUAUCAAUAGUUUAUACAUGUAGAUCUUAUGGCAAUUCAUGAUGCAUUCUUUUUAAGUUUGGGUCCCAGGGAGACCCCAAAUGUCUCUUUUGGGUCUUGAAUUGAAAAGGUUUGGAACCCCUGUAACAAUAUUUACUUUACUUUAUUAAAGUAUCAUUACGAUGACACAUGACUUUGA